AUGGAACCUCUGGGAGCAACAACUGUUUUCUUGGUGAUUUGUGUCUCUUGCCUUCUUUUCCUUUCAGCAUGGAGAAGGUUGUCUGGAAGUGGAAAGCUGCCGCCUGGCCCUGUUGCUUUUCCCAUCGUAGGGAACACGCUACAGCUGAAUAAAAGGAACUUGCCCCAAUCUAUACAUGAGCUCAGUGUGAAGUAUGGCCCGAUUUUCACAAUAUACUUGGGCUCACUGCGAGUUGUGGUGCUGUAUGGACAGGAGGCUGUGAAGGAAGCUCUGAUUGAUCAAGGGGACGAGUUCAGUGGAAGAGGAAAACUGGCACUGGCUGACAAGCUUGCCAAAGGAACAGGCAUUAUAUUCAGCAAUGGGGAGCGGUGGAAACAGCUUCGCCGAUUUGCCCUCACCACCUUGAGAAACUUUGGGAUGGGGAAGAAAAGUGUUGAGGAACGGAUCCAGGAGGAAGCCCGUUUUCUGGUGGAAAGGCUCAGAAACACACACGUUUCUAGAGGUCCCAGCCAAGACUGGGGCUCCUUUGCCAGUAGGUUGUUGAACCGCGGCCAGUGGGAUCUGCGGUCAGCCAAACCUACCUACGCGGCAGAGAAAGUUCAUGAAGAGAUUGACCAUGUGAUUGGCCGAAGCCGAAGCCCCUGCAUGGCAGACCGAAGCCAGAUGCCCUACACAGAUGCUGUGAUACAUGAGAUCCAGAGAUUCAUUAACCUUGUCCCAUUGAAUGUCCCACAUGCAGUGACCAGAGACACUCAUUUCAGACAAUAUGUUAUCCCAAAGGGCACCACUAUAUUUCCCACCCUGCAAUCAGUCCUACGUGACAGCAGAGAAUUUCCAAAGCCAGAGCAAUUUAACCCAGGACAUUUCUUGGAUGCAAAUGGUGCCUUUAGGAAGAGUGACUUCUUCAUUCCAUUUUCUGCAGGGAAACGGAUUUGCGUGGGAGAGGCUCUGGCUCGGAUGGAGCUAUUUUUGCUACUGACAACGAUUUUGCAGAAUUUUACCUUGAAAUCUCCCAUUGACCCCAAGGACAUUGAUAUAGCUCCACUACCAAGUGCAGCGAUAAAUGCACCAAAACCAUACCAGCUCUGUGUUUUGCCUCGAUAAAGACCAUGAAAAGUCAUCUCCGUGUUCUACACCAGUAGUGAAUUUGAUUGUCUAUGAUCCCGGACUCAUUAGU